UUUGAAAGCGAACACGAAAAAAACAUAGUAGAUUCCAGCUGUCUCCGUUUUUUUUUUCAAGAUUAUAGCCAUUAUCUGUCAAUCUAUCAAUCACAGCACGUUUCAUAGUACUAUAGGUUUCAUAAAAUCGAGUUAAUCGCUAGGCUGGAGUAAAAGUGUCCUGUGUCCACACUUUAACUUUUCUUUCAAUGAUUUACUUUGAAAAUUGUCGGACAAAUAAAUAAUAGCUAUUCAUACAAUAAUCGUAUGAUUUAAAAAAAAUCAUCCGAAAAUCGGAUGAAUAGAUACACACACAAUACCUCUUGAACGUAGUGUUUAAAUUCUCUUUGAUACCUCUUGCUUAUCACUAAUCAGUAAUCACAUAAUCAGUAAUAAAGUAAUAGUGGUAAAAGACUUAUUAGUGUUCUCAAAGAUAAUUUAAACACUACGUUCACCUAGUUCUGUGAUCAGUAAUCACUUAUGUUAUCACCUACCUAUUUGGUAAAUUGGUACACAAUACUUCUUAGUUACUGUAAAAUACUUAUGUACACGAAAGUGGAAAUUAGAAUGAUUUAUGAUUAUUUGUAGGAGCGUAAUAUACCUAUUUAUUCAUUACUUAUUUAAAUCGUAUAAACAAAAAUAUGAAACAUUUUUAACUAUAAAAACAUCAAAAAAAUUAUGGCCCACUCAAGUUUUAGUGCUAUAGAUGAAUACGGAUUUGAAAGGCACGAAGAUUUUGAUUUUGAAAGCUAUGAGGAGUUUAUGUCUGUGUAUCUUAAAGUAUUAGUGUCCAGGGCGCAAAAAUGGUCACAAUUGUUGGGUGAUGGAAAGUCAGUCAAACGGACCACCACUGUUAAGAGAUACGUCAGGAAGGGUAUACCAAGUGAACAUCGUCCAUCAGUAUGGAUGGCAAUAUCAGAGGCCGAUAAAAUGAAAAAGCAAUGUCCAGAUUUAUAUCUUAAAAUACUAGAUCAACCAUUUGAGAAAGAAUUAGUUGACUUAAUCAAGACUGAUCUCCCUCGCACAUUUCCAGACAAUAUUUAUUUUACAAAGGAAGCGAACCACCAGGCUCACUUGUUCAAUAUUCUCAUUGCUUAUGCACAUAGCAACAGAGUUGUAGGCUAUUGUCAAGGACUAAACUAUAUAGCUGGGUUGUUAUUACUGGCAACAAAGAAUGAAGAAACAUCAUUCUGGUUACUGAAAGUUUUGGUUGAAAAAAUUCUCCCAGAUUAUUACACAAAAACUAUGGACGGUCUCAUUGUUGAUAUUGAAGUAUUAUCUGAGUUGGUUAAAUCUAAGGCACCUGAUGUACACCAACAUGUUAUAAACUUAGGUUUGCCCUGGGCAGUGAUAACUACAAAAUGGUUUGUAUGUCUGUUUGCGGAAGUUUUGCCCAUUGAAACAGUGCUUAGAAUUUGGGACUGCCUAUUUUAUGAGGGCUCAAAAAUUUUAUUCCGUGUUUGCAUAACAUUGAUAAAAGCAAACAGGUCCGCAAUACUGGAAUGCACGGAUUUUACAACAUUAGCUGAAUGUUUUAAAUCUAUUGUCAAAAAUGCUAGCGCAUUGCAUUGUCAUGAAUUCAUGCAGUCUAUAUUUAAAGUACCUGGAACACUAUCAAAUGCAACAAUAAUAAAACUACGUAGUCGUUUUGUCACACAGCGUUUGGAGCAUCAGAAAAAAGAACCUCGGUGAAAAUAUAACUUGAUGUUAUUAUGAUCUCGAUAUUUUACUACUUAAUAUUUACAAUGUCCACCUAAAACUAAUAAUAAUUAUGACUUUAGUUAUUACUAAUAAUAUAAUAAUUUAUGUUUAUAAGAUGUGUUGAACAAAUCUAUUUAGGCUAUAUAAAGUACUUUUGUACAAAUUUAAGCUAGUCUUGAUAUUUAAUUAUGUUACAAUCAAUUUCGCUCUUAUGGCAAGCUUAAUAAUAAUUGUAUGUGUGUGUAUACAUUUAAAAAACUGUCAGUAAAUUUGCUUAUUUUUAGUUAUUAUUUCAUGGUGUUGUGAAUACAAUUAUUUAAAAUAUGUUUUUUUUUUAAACUUAAGUGUUAAAGAUGUAUUUUAUUGUAUUAGUAAUAAGCAUUGUACAUGUUUUUUUCUACAAGAAAAUUAGUUUUAGUAAUGGGUCACUAUAAAUUCAUUAAUAACAAGAUGUAGGUAUACAGGUGUCCCAAAGUUAUGGGACGUGAAGGGAAAGUACCUUAAAUAUCGAAGAUAGGCUAUUUUACUGAAAGAAGACCUUAUGUUAUUUUUAAAAGUUAGUACAUCUGCAUUCAAAGAUUUUCUAAAAAUUACUUGCCUCGUCUGGGAAUCGAACCGACUGAAAUGUAAAAAAAAAAAAAAACACCCCUACUUUAAUAAUGCCAAUCGAAAGAAUGGCCAAAAACUAAUAACUCUUCUUAAGUAACAUAGUAUUUUAAAAGAAAGGAACAACGUAAAAUGAAUGUUUUCCUACUUGGAUGGACCGAUUAGAUGGCCGGCCAGAUCCCGGACCUUACACCAUUAGAUUUCUUCUUUUGGGGAUACAUGAAAGAUAUGCUAUACAAAAAACGAUACGAGAAUGUGGGCGAGUUACAAACAGAAUUGUGCCAUAUAUUGAGUAUUCACCAUAAAAUGUUAAGAAAAUCAACAGGCAGUGGACUCAUUAAGAGAUUGGCGAUUUGCGUAAACGCGGGAUCACAUUUUGAGCAUUUAAUUAAUUAAUUUACAAAAAUUACCCACUUAAUUGACAACUUUCUUUUAAAAUACUAUGUUACUCAAGAAGAGUUAUUAGUUUUUGGCCAUUCUUUCGAUUGGCAUCAUAAAGAGUAGGGGUGUUUUUUUUUACAUUUAAGUCGGUCCGAUUCCCAGACGAGGUAAGUAAUUUUUAGAAAAUCUUUGAAUGCAGAAUUACUCACUUUUAAAAAUAAUAUAAAGUCUUCUUUCAGUAAAUUAGCCUUUCUUCGAUAUUUAAGGUACUUUCCCUUCAUGCCCCAUAACUUUGGGACACCCUGUAUAUUUACUGAGAAUCUUAAUACAUAUGAUAUGCCAAGCUCUAGGCCAGAAAAUAUAUUUCCUGUACAUGGUAUCUGUCUUUACAAUCAAAAUGUUUGUGGGAGUCUCAACCAUUAUACUUGUGAAUAUGACUGGAAGAAUGUAAUUCACUGUAAAAUAAGAAUUGUCUCCAUAUCAUUCAGGGCCUUACACACCACAUUUUAUUCUUCAACAAUAACUGCCAACACAUUAAUAAAAUUUACAAGUAAUCUGCAUUAUUCAAAUUUAUACAUACAAUAUAUUUGCUUGUCUAUGGCACCUUAAAAAUGUGGUAUGUAAGAGCACUUUGACUUGGUGGACAAUAAUUUUACCAAAAUCAAUGCCAUUGUAACCAUAAAAAUCUCACAUAUGUACAUGGGGUUUAAAAAACUUAAAAAUGUUUAUUCUAGAAGCUAUCUGAAAAUGGUGUGCUUAAACAUAAAGUCAAUGUCUUCAGUAUAAGAAUAAAGACAGAACCAAUUGAAACAUCCCUUUAAAUACAGAAUUAUCUACUUUACAAAUUUAUAUCAGAAUAAUACUGACAAAAUAAAAUAUUUUAUUGUAA